CUCAGGCACUUUCUGGGUCUUCGAUGAGAUUGAGACGCCGAAUGGAAGGACCGCAGAGCGACUGACAUGACAACAGGAGGGACAUUUUUUUUUCAUUAUUAAAGCUUUUUAUUGAAGAAUAGUAACAAAAUAAUCACAAAACAAACAUGUUUAUCACUUCACAAAAUUCUCCACCUGUGUUUAAGGAUUUGACGCUCGUGAUGCCAGCGGUGGCGGUGGGCAACGUUGGACAGCUGGCGGUGGACCUUCUCAUAUCCACCCUCGACCUGCCCCGGGUGGGCUACCUGCACACGGACUGCCUCAUCCCGAUGGCGGGCAACAACCCGUACGCCACCGGCAAGGAAGACGCGGGGGAGCUGCACACGGCCGCCGAAGUGUACGCAGCACCUGAGCUCAAAAUAGCUGUUCUUCAGAUCAGGGCUCCGGUUGUCAAGACAAAAUCUAGACGCUUCCGUCAGCUGCUGCUGUCCUGGAUCAAGGCCAGCGGCUUCUCCCGGACGCUGGUCCUGUCCAGCAGCCACGCGUACCACAGAGACGACCAGCAGCUGCAAGGCACUCCAUUAAGAUACUUGAUAACGCCGAGCCUGCUAAAGAGCAGUGGUGAUGCCUUCAAGGAGCUGGGCUGGAGGGAGAUGGAGAAGGUGCCGCUUCGCCCGGGCCGUUCGGGCGCCGAAGAGCCGAGACUUUACGUCCCCGGCGGAGGCAUCACGAAAGGCCUCUUCGUGGACAGUUGCGCCGAGAACGUUCCGCUGGCCGUGCUGCUCGUUUUCUGCUCGGAGGGCGACAACGUGCCGGACGCCUUGAAGCUGGUCGGUCACCUGGACGACUGGCUCCGCUUGCUGGGCGAACCGGUAAGUCCGUCGUUCCGAAAAGAUGCGGCGGGAGAUCGUCGUCAUCGGGUGUGCUGUGACAAAUACUACAUUUCACUACAAGUACGUGAAUCUUUUGUUCAUCUACUUAUGCCGGCAACAAAUUGUCAAGGGAGAUAAUUUCUGACUUGUGUUGAGCGUUUCCUCGGGCAUUACCGUAAUUCCCGGCCUACCGAGCGCACCCGAUUAUAAGCCUCACCCAGUACAUUUGUAAAGGAAAUACCAUUUGGUACAUACAUACGCCACAGCUGUGUAAAAGCCGCAAGUGGCCACGUUGAGAGUUUAACGCUAGCGCGAACACGGCGCUGACAGAGCCGGUUAAAAAAAUUUUUACUGAUAAAAAUCACCGAGACACGCCAGUAACACAGCAGAAACACGCUAGCACAGUGCUAACGCUAGCGCAGCACUAACACAAGCGUGGUGCUAGAGCAACGGUAACGGUAACACGGCGCUAACAUGGCCGGUUAAAAAAAAAAAAAACUUGCUGGUAAAAAUCACUGAGACACCCCAGUAACACAGCAGCAAGACUCUAGCACAGUACUAAUGCUAAUGCAGCACUAACACAAGCGCGGCGCUAGCGCGAUACUAACGAUAACGCAAGCGCAGAGCUAACACGUCGCUAACAGGGCGGGUUAAAAAAACCUUACUGAUAAUCACUGAGAUACACCAGUAACACGCUAGCACAGUGGUAACGCUACCGCAGCACUAUCAUAGCCAGUAAAAGCCACUUCCUCGGAACAUAUAUUCCACCGGUCUCACCUUAACCUUUUUUGCUCGAGUGCUCCCUCGCGGCCGUUAAGAGAAAAAAAUGCACAAAUGAGCCGCAUCACCGCAUGAACCGCAGGUUUGAAAGCUUGUGGAAAAAGUUGCGGUUUAUAGGCCGGAAAUUACGGUAGUUUCGCUAACUCUUGCUAAAGAGUCAAAACAGUUUUGAAUGUUCGAACUAGGUCUUUUACAGUGGCUUAAAAAGUACAUUUAUUGAGUACAGUUUAAUGAUUUCACUUUCAAAUUCAAUACAUUUACUUAUUCUCAUUUUUUUUGUAGUCAAUGCUUAAUAAGGAUCAUGUUAAGUUUGACAGAAUUCGCCCUCGCAGGCCACAUAAAAACAUGCGGCGGGCCGGAUCUGACCCCCGGGGCCUUGAGUUUGACACCUGUGCCCUAAGAGGACUCCAAAGCAUUUUUUUUUUUCAGUACACUACAGUUCACUCUUAUUGACAUAUGCAUGUCAGGAAAAAAUACACUGUAAUAAACGUAUAAUAAGUGUAUCUUUAGAUAUAUUUUAAAUUCGAGGCCCCUUCAAACCAUCCGUUUCUCCUCCUUUC